AUGAAUCAGCAGAGUAAAAGAGUGCUGAGUCCCAACUUGAAUGCUUACUCAUAUGGCACUCUUGGUUAUUAAAGUGAGAACACCUCUUCUUAAAAAAGUCUCUCCACUAUAAAUAAAGCCACAUUAGAUUAUCUUAAAUCUGAAUAAAACACUGUGUCUAAUAAUAAUCCUCACACUUUCAAGCCUUAAGACUCACGAAUCAUGAACUACAAAGAACGAGCUAAAGUAAACUAACCUGAUUAUAAAACAAAUCUAGGUAAAAUCAGCAAGGAUGGCAAGUUGACACCUCUGAGUAUAAUCCCGUCAUCUCUAGACAUGAAUAACGACUCUAGCUACUCAGUGUCUCCAAUUGGCGUCUAUCAAAGCUAAAACAGUAACAACAAUAAAUAGUAACAGCAAGUAAAUAUCUAUCAAACUCAUUCUGGAUUUUCACAACCAAUGGAGUUCAGUCCAGCAUCACUGCUUACAAACACCAACACUAGUCUCAGUCCAACUAAGCAAAUGAUCAUGAAUAAAAACUAAGUACCCAGGAAAAAUGAUGUGCAGCUAUCUCAAUAGCAGAUAAGCAAUCAAAGUAGCAAAAACAACACAUUUAGCAAGAUAAGCCUUAAUCAAUAAAAGGAAUAUUAGAAGCAGCAGCAAUAAUAUCUAGAAGCAAAUAUUAACAGCAAUAACAAUAAGAUUGUAAUAGAUCUGGGUGAGGAUGAAGAUGAGCCAACUGAAAUUCUAUAAUAUGGAAUAAAGAAUAAUGAAGAUCAGCAGUAAUAUGCUUAAAAGUCUAGUUCCUCUAAUAAUCACUCGAAGUCUAAUAACUACAACUUUGAUGAUCAAGAGGAUUCCUCAUUCGACUCUGAUAACUGCAACUUCAAUGACGAUCUCCUGGAGGAAACCAACAAAGGUAACAUAAAUAGAUAUUCAAGAGGCUUUGGGAAUGAGUCGCUGCAUAAUAACACUACCAUUCUUAUUAACCAAGCCAACAAGAUCAUUGACCAGCAUUACUCUACAAUUUAAACCUAGCAAAAGCAGUCUAACACGCCCAACCGUGAUGUUUUGCCAAUGAGAAGCUAGAAGGAAAAUCAAGUGAGCAGUAAGGCGGCCAGUAAUGCCACAACUAGCGUAUAGCAGUCGGCUAAGAAAUUCAAGGGAAACUAUAAGAAAGCACUCAACAAUUUAAAACAGUAAAAUAGAUCUAAAAGUAACAAAAAGCUUAAGGAAAACAAUCAGAAUAUGGUAUCAACACUAAGUCCAAAGAAUACUACUAAUAAGAGUAAAGGUCUGCCAAGUAAGAUACCCUCUCAGAUGCAAAGCAAGUGUGAGACUAAAGCUUUAAACUCAAGGAUAAAUUCAAAGCGUCAGAGUAUCAACUAUUAAGACAAUUCCAAGUUGAACACUGGUGGUAGGACUGUGAGUCAAAGUCCAGAGAAAUAAGAAGAUGAAAUUGAAUCAUAGUUCUGCAAGAAGUACUCUCGAAUAAAGGUAAAUGAAGAAGAUGUGUUUAAGCGUUAAUAGUUCGAGAGUUACAAACGCUUGACUAAGGAAAUCAGAGUGGAGAAGUUCAAGACGUCAAUCAGUCCUUGCAAGGAAACCCUAAGCCCCAGGCAAAAGAAGGAAUGCUUUGAUAGAUUAUCAUAAGACGCGGAUAGACGUAUUUUUACAACUAAGCAUGAUGUUCAAGGCAACUAGACUAAUAGAAGUAAUCAAUACAGAUCUCAGCAUUCAAGCUAGACCAGAGGCUAGGAUAAGAAUACGGAUGAUUCACUGUUCAGAGAUGAAUCAUCGGCCAAGCGAAAGCAGAGAAGAAUGAGUGCCAAGAGAGCUUAGAAGUUGUAUUAAUAGAAAGUGAUUGAGUAUGAAGAGAUGAAGCAGCAAAAGCUGAGAAAACUAGAGCAAGACGUGAAGUUAAAGGAGCUAGAGGACUACUUUGGCAAGUACCAAAAGGAGAAGAUCAAUAAAGUACUCAGUAAGGAAGUUAUUUCAGAGCAAGAGGCUGAGAAGAUCUAUCAACGUCAGUGGAAAGAUCACUAGCGUCGACUCGAGAAGUAAAAGAUCUUGAAAGAGCAGCAGUAACUGAUUGAGAAAGAACAACUAAGCAGGAUGUUCAAACCAUAGCUGGAUAAAUCUGAGAGGUCGUUUCACUUGCUUAAAAGUAGCAAGAAAAAAAUCUAACAGAGAUUGUCCAUUAGUCCAGGCAAAGUAGGACUACCUAUGGAAUUGGGUGAAAAUUCUAAGGGGUAGAAGAAUGGUAUUGAGAGGAAUCAAAAUGCAUAAUCUGUGAAGAAGUUGUACGCUAAUGAUCCAAAUUCACUAGAUUUGCUCAGUAGUUAUGACAACACAAAAUCAUCAUUAGCAGGUGACUAGAUUAUAACCUCUUUUGAUAAGAUAAAUACUCCAACUAUCAUGAAGAAUAAUAAAUAACACGCCAAUUAGACUUCUACUCUUUACAACUAUGAGGCAAUGAAAAAUUUGAAGAAGCAGAAAUCAGCAAACUCUCUAAGCAAGAGUGGUAGCAAUCAAAGACACAGUUCUGAGAAGAGAUUUGCUAAUAAUACAACCACUGGCAUACUAACCUACGACUAGGAUAGCCAGUAUUAUAAUAAUGGUGCUAUCGGCAUUAGAGGUAACUUCAGUUAGUAAAAUCUAAAAUCAAUUUCAAAGACUUCUGGAAUAGGUAAUACUUCUUCUAUUCACAGCAACUAAACUCUGAGUACUAAUAACUACAACAACAACGGGAGACCAACACUUGUGGACAAACUCAUAGACUAAAGAAUCUCAAAGGUGACUAUGAAACUAGACCAGGUGAUCUAGGAAAUCAACAUCAAGAAAAAUUAACUAGAAAGCACCAAUAGAAACCAAUAGCUCCCAGGCUUGUAGUUAAAUAGAGAUCAUAGUAGCAAUCCUGAGCUGCAGUCAUAACAAUAAUUCUACAAUACUCAUCACAUGAUCCAUCUGAAUACUAGUGAUGACGAUGUGGAAUCCAUCAGCUAUCAGUCUAUGAGUCAGACUAAUAGUCACUAAUCUAGUAAGAAUAAAUAGGACAAGCAAUACAUGCACAUGAAUACAAAUAAAUACAGAAGAGCCAAUAAGACCUUGUAGAGUCAGUUAGAUGAUAUGGCCUCUGGUGGCUUGAUUACUUUAAAUACCUUUAGUAACCCUGGAUAUGCCUCAGCUGUAUAAAACAACAAGCAAAAUAAUAAUUAGUAAAAGAUAUUCAUUUAUGAAAGUCAGCAAUAGAAUGAGAUCAGGGAUGAGGAUGUAGAGUAGGAAUCAUAUGAACAUGAAUUCAGAUUGAGAAGGACCUCACUUUGA